UGUACCACCAUCUCCUAUGUUAUGUUCCUACUUCUUCCAUCUGGUAACUUUUUCUAUGGACUCAUUUCGGGUGCAUCUAUUUUUUUGGCCGGUUUAGUUGGAAAUUUGACGACUCUAUUCACCACUAUUAACAUGACCCAUAGGCCAUAGCCAACUCUUUUUUUUCAUAGAUCCACUUGGCUUUUUCCACAAAAGUCCUCAGUUUUCAGGCUAUCUGGUGCUUAGAGAUCAAGUUUUCUUUUUGUAUUGGUGUUUGCAAGCCAUGCGGUUUCUGCUUCGAUCACUUGGAGCAUUUCCUGUAACUCUUUUGUUUUCUCCACCUCAUGGGAACUUGCUAAGAUGAAACGUCAUCUCCUCUGGGGUUAUUUUGCAGAAAAAUAGGAUUUGGAGGUGGUGAAGGUAGUAGAAUGUUGGAUUUGAGGAUGAUCCAAAGCCACAAGCGUUCAAAAAGCUUUCCAGAAAAGAAAAGAGACCAACCUUCUUCCAAUAUUUCUUUUGAAGCCUCUCAACGCAUCAAGCUAGUGAGAUAUGGGUCGUUCAAAUGAAUCAACUAGAGGAGCUAAGUACAAUCAUUAUCAAUCAAACACCGAAACUUCUCUGAAGCAGGAGGUUGAUCAGCUGGAGACAAGAUUGCAAGAUCAGUUUAAGGUUCGUUGUGCAUUAGAGAAGGCGUUAGGUUAUAGAACAGCUUCUUCUUACAUGCUGACUGAAACAAACUACAUUCCCAUUCCCAAGCAAGCUACUGACUUGAUCAAAGAAAUUGCGGUUCUUGAGAUGGAAGUUAUACAUUUGGAGCACUAUCUUCUUUCAUUGUAUCGAAAAGCCUUUGACCAGCCAAAUUCAGAGAACAAGAAGCCAAAGUCUCUUUCUUCUGUUACAACCCCUACAAGGCCUCUAGACUUUUGUGAAGAACCAUCUACAACAGAUCAGCCUACCAAUCCUCUUCUUGAUGAUGAUGGCAAAAACAGAAUGGACCCCUGUUUUCACCGUAGCCACUCCCAGCGUUCAGCAUUUGAGAGUAAGAAAGCAUCUCCAGAAUAUUCUUGGAGUGAAGCCAUCCGCUCUAGCCACUCCCAACCGCUGUAUGGGAAGAAUGGAGAAAAUCUAAUAAGUCUAGCUGAACAUCUAGGCACCCGAAUCUCGGAUCAUGUUCCAGAGACACCAAACAAGUUGUCUGAAGGAAUGGUCAAGUGUAUGUCAGAAAUAUACUGCAAGCUGACAGAGUCACCUUCUGUACUAAAUCACAGACUUUCAUCAUCUCCAAACUCGUCCUUAUCAUCAAGUGAAUUUUCUCCCUCUGGAUUGGGAAACAGCUCCUCUUUCGAUAACUCGUUCCACGUAGAAGGAGAGAAGGACUUCAGUAGACCAUACAGCAACAUGGUUGAAGUGCUUUGCAUUUACAGAGACUCCAAAAAGGCCAGUGAGGUCGAAGAUCUACUGCAAAACUUUAAGUCGCUUAUCAGUAGAUUGGAGGAAGUCGAUCCAAAUAAGUUGAAAGAUGAGGAGAAGCUGGCCUUCUGGAUAAAUGUGCACAAUGCACUUGUGAUGCAUGCCUAUUUAGCUUAUGGGAUUCCACAGAACAGUGUGAAGAGAGUGCUACUGCUACUCAAGGCUGCAUAUAACGUUGGUGGACACGCAGUUAGCGCGGAAGCAAUACAAAGCUCAAUUCUUGGAUGCAAAAUGUCUCAUCCUGGACAGUGGCUUAGACUGCUAUUUGCUUCAAAGAAAUUCAAAGCAGAAGGAGAUAAAAGAUUAGCUUACGCAAUCGACCAUCCUGAACCUCUCCUACAUUUUGCACUUACUUCAGGCAGCCACUCGGACCCCCCGGUUCGUGUAUAUACAUCGAGAAGAAUCCAGCAGGAGUUAGAAACAUCGAAAGAAGAGUAUAUAAGAAUGAACUUCAGCAUACGCAACCAGAAAGUCCAGCUACCAAAACUUGUGGAAACCUUUGCAAAAGAGUCCGGUUUAUGUCCUGCAGGUGUCACGGAGAUGGUUAACCGGAGUAUACCGGAAUCUUCAACACAAUGCCUUUGGAGAUGUCAAGCUGGUAGUAAAUCACGCAAGGCCAUUGAUUGGAUCUCUCACAGCUUUACUUUCAGAUAUCUUAUUCUUAGAGAAAUUGCCAAAUGAAAUUUAUUCGUAUUUUGAUUGUAUGUACAGGCAGCUUGUUGUACAUGUUCGAUCAUCCCGGCCGGUUAAUUAUUAGAGAUUCAUAAACUUAAUCUGUUAGACGAACA